GAAAACGUGGCAUAAUGUGGUGGAGGGACAGCAAGCGGGCAGAUAUUCGAGGGGAAGAGGAUUUCCAUUCCCGCCACAUAUGUCCAAAAACACUCUUACGUGUCAACACCAGUCCUUCAUUUCUCCUUCUCCCAUCACGCCACGUGGCUUUCCAAGCCUUCCCUCUUCCUCAACUUUCUUUUUCCUUUCCUUUUUAUCUACCCAGAAAAUCUGAAUCCAAACCAAAGCGGCAUAUAAAAGCACGUACCCGUACAAAGAGAGUACAUUUUCCUUGUUUUUCUUUUUUAAAUAUAAUUUUCCAAUCCUUCAUUUGAGGCAUGAGGUUUUAGCAGGAAACGGCGUUUUUAAAGUUUUAUUCUUUGAACCUUUUGGAAAUGGAAAAUAACUGGGGGAUUAUGGGGUUAAGAGAGGACGAGAUUGAGCUAGACCUGGGAUUAUCAAUAGGAGGAAGCUUUGGAAAAGCCCAGAAACUAAAGCCAAUCAAGAACGAAUCAAAACCCAACAACAACACGGUUGAAGAUCUCGGAGAAAGCGUGGCCUUUGAUCCCCAAACGAAACGUGAGCUUCAAGCUUUAAGGCGACAAGAAGCCAGGAAGAAAAGAGAACACAAGCAGCAAAAGCGAGGAACAUUUCAUCGAAACGGCGAGUUCCAUAUUAAAGACGACGGCGCCAAUGCGACGGAAGAAAGGGAAUGCAAGAAAACCAAAGUUCAAGAAUUCCCUGUUAAUGGAAAUCCUAAUUUCAGCGCAGAACUGAAUAGCCCGUUGGUGUGCCCAGUUAUUCCGGUGAGGGUCCCAUGCCCGUAUCCGCAGCUCCAGUUGGUGCCGCUCGGUAAUGGGUUUGCCUAUUCUUGCGUAAAUGCGGUGCCUUGUUGGGGUGGUGUUGCUGGGCAUGAGAAGGGUGUUGUGCAGCCGGUGGCAAUGGCGGUGAAUGGCGGGUUUCCGUCGUUUCAGACGGCUCAGGAUUUGAGGGUGAAUGGUGGGAAUGGGUAUUAUUCGGAACAGAACAGUAGCAGGGAUGAAAGGAAGAGGAAAACUGGGUCAAACGGGUCUCCCAUGUAUAGUUCCUCUACGGCUUCGGAUCUUCAAAGCUCUUCUAAUCAAGGUGGUUGCAGCAGUGAAACCGCAACCCACACACCACGCAUAAAUUGUUCAGUAGCAAGCAAUCUAAAUCGCCAGCAGUCUGAACAAAGCGCUACCUCUCACCAAACCGACUCUGCACAAAGCAUUGAUAAAUCUAGAAAAGGUAUUGAAAACACGCUUUCAUCGACUGCCACCGACUCCACUUCAUUGAAUCUUAAGAACGAACCCAAACCCCAAACCCAAUCUGAUCGUAAUAGCAAGCCUGUUUUGACAAAUGAAACGACCACCACCACCACCACCACUUCACCAAAAGAUACCAAGGGGGAGACAGGCAAGCCUCCUAAGCCGCAUACUCCUAACGACGACGCCCUUUCCCUUCGAAACAUGCCUUGCGUUUCGACGACGGGUAAUGGCCCCAAUGGCAAAACCAUCAAUGGUUUUCUAUACAGAUACACGAAAUCGGAGGUCAGCAUCAUAUGUGUCUGCCAUGGAAGUUCAUUCACCCCGGCUGAGUUUGUGCUGCAUGCUGGGGGUACUGAUGUUUCACAUCCACUAAGACACAUUACCAUGAUUCCUUCAGCUUUUUAGUUGAUGAUAACAAAUGUAUAGCAAUGCCUGACUAUUUCGCAUGUCUUCUAUUCUAAAGGGCAUAGAAGGAUGGUUGUAAAGUUGUCCAUGGAUGGGGGAGCCUCUUUGUUCUAAUUUCUAACAGCGUUAACUGACAAGAAGAUUUUGGGUGAUUUUCUUAA